GUGACCUUCUUGACGACCUUCUCCACCUGCCAGCUUGAAGUCCAUUCUUGAGAAAUGAGACUGUCUUUUUUACAGAACUAGGUGCACGAGGAAGCUACCUGACACACUCUCCUGUUGAUGAUUUGCUACUCUACAUGACACCUCACAUCGCACUGGCGAAAGUGCGGCAUCAGAUGGCAGCGUACUAUCUGUGCACUACGAUUCUUUCAAAAUACAGUCUUUCCGCACCCAUAUGUCCUAGAAGCCUCGUUCGUUUAGUGUGCUUAUCAUCUCGAUUGAAGUGGCAAUGACUGCUUGCUGUCUUGUAGGUCGCGCUCUGACUGAUACAAGAAUGCUGCCAAUUGUUGCUCUUUUCGUACCUCGUUGUCUGGUCGGUUGCACUCUGGGCCACAUCAAAACUUCUCUCAGUCGAGGCGUACAUCAUUCUACUAGGGCGAUACACCACCUUGUUCGCUGCCGAAGCAAUAAGCAGUGUCUGGCCGUCUGGCAUAAGGAGACAAUGCACCUCACUCUCGCUCAUCUCCACUGACAAACUAUCGUCCUCUUGCAUUAGUACUCUUCGCACUCGCAGCGCAUAACUCUCAAGCUUUCCCACGUAUACCUAUGGUUCGCUAUCGGACGCCCUUGACGACUCGACAGGUUGACAUUCCACCUUCUCAUCCAGCAUCUGGACAUAAACUUCUGAAAUUCCCUACUCGCAAUCAAUACAUCCUUGAAGUUCGCACUCAAAACCCGUUAGUUAUCCAGGCAGAAGGGGAAUAUCUUCGGGUUGACUCCGCGGUAACCUGUCCAUACUCCCCAGUGUUUCGACAUUCCAUUGAAAGCAUGCCGCCAUACCUUCUAUUCACGGCUGCUUGUCGUGGCUUGGAGGUGAAUGACGCAGCUCAGGACUUGUAUCAUCUUUUCCGGUUUAUGUUUGAAGGGCACUAUCGACCACAAACUGCAGACGAAAGUCUUAUCACGCUAGACUACUAUUGGCUUCAGAGCGACAUUUGCUUUCGCCUUACCAAUGCACUCUGCGCUCUCAGGAAACAACAGGACUAUUCUAUCAUCCUUGAUACCCUGAUCUUCACACUGUUUCUCUGUUGUGCAACCCGUCCCCACCAGGAUAUAUAUACUGGUCACGGAUAAUGAUGGAAAAGGUCGAUGGCAACUAGCUGACAACAUACGACUAUACCUUUUGCUCCUCGUACGACCGAAGAUUAACGAACUCGCACAUGGCAUAGCUUAUGCUUUCCUCUGGGUUGGCAGAUGCUCCAGGGAAGACGAGGUGCAAUCAGCACAGGGGAUCUCAAGCAUUCAGGAAGGGACUAGAGAAAGACCUAUCGCCGAUGUUCUUGUAUUCACAUACUACUGGUUACGUGAAUGCCUUCCGGAGUUUUCCUAGACUCUUUAGAAGAUAAGCGGACUCUGAGGGGGCGAUCUGCUGUGACGCAUGCCGUGAGUUCUGGAUCCAGUGUCUGUCUGUUCAACGAGAGCAUGUUGUAGAUGAGUUGAUCGCGAUGUACAUGAAAGCCUGGUCUGGUUGGGGGGUUCAUACGGUGCAGAAACAGUGUAUAGCUAGAAUUCAAUGGCAUUGGAAGCACAUGAUCGACCAUUC